ACAGCAGCGGUCGAGAGGGGGCGGAUGACACGGAGAAACAGAGGAAGGGGGAGAGAAAGAAAGAAAAGAGCCUGUGCGUGUUUUCGCAGGCGGAGUUUCGUUCUUGCGCACCGUUGGAAUUCACUGUCUGUAUUUUUUUCCUCGGGGUUUGCUUGGAGGAGACCGAAGGAGCGAGAAAGCGCCGCCAGCGAGCAGAUGUUCUAGCUGGACUAUCCCUGUUUCCAGCCUGACAAUCGAGCCUAUCAUCUGGUAAAAUGUGGCAGCCCGCGUCGGAGCGAUUGCAGCAUUUACAGAGCAUGCUGAAGACCAAACUGAAUGUGCUGACGCUCCGGAAGGAUCCGCUGCCGACAGUCAUCUUUCAUGAGCCUGAAGCCAUCGAGCUGUGUUCAACCACACCGAACGCCAAGAACCGCACACAUACAGGAUACAAGGUGACGUACCUCGGCAAGGUGACGAUUUCCGGCACUCACUUCCUAUCCGGCUGCACCGAAUCGGCAGUGGUUGGAUUAUGGGACACAAAGCAGACAUCGGUCACCCAUGAUGACUCCAUCACCUCCAGCAAUGCCAUCCUAGAAAUCCGGCCAUUUCAGGUGCGCAUGCAUCACCUGGACGGCCGCGGCGAGGCCACCGUCGCAAUGGACACCUUCCAGGUGGCGCGCAUCGCAUACUGCACUGCAGACCACGACAUUAGCCCCAAUGUGUUUGCGUGGAUCUACCGACAAAUCAACGACGAUCUGACCUUCCAGAUGGACUGCCACGCUGUGGAGUGCGAGAGCAAACUAGAGGCGAAAAAACUGGCCCACUCCAUGAUGGAAGCCUUUAAGAAAACCUUCCACAGCAUGCGCAGCGACGGGCGCAUCCACAAAAGCGGAUCAUCUGAUGAGUUUCCUGAAGAGCCAAGCACACCUGACGAUGGCUGAAUGAUAGGCCGAGGGUCGGACUACUCUUAAAUAUGGGGGGGGUUUGGGAAAAGCAGCGUGAAUGCAAUCUCGCGCUCUUUGUUUUUGUGCCAUAAUAGAAUAUUCAGAAACGACAGCGACCGAAAUACCACAUACCAAGAAUCUAGCCUGCCUUUUUUUCAGUCUCGGCCUGCCAGAUGGUCUGUGCCCAUUUUACUAAAAGCAUCUCAUCAUUUCCACGGUAACACUCGCAUUUGAACGCUGCUGGUUUUGAUAUGAAGAGACAAGAACUUGUACCUUUCCUUAAGCCAAUCAAACCUUGGGCCAGUUCACUUUGUUGUUUGUGGGAGGAGGGUGGGGGGAUCCCUGAUGUGUGUGUGUGUCAUGUCAUUUUAGAUAUAACACAGGUGUGUUUCCUCUCCAGGUCGAGUUUGAGAGGGGAUAAAAAGUCUAAUUUUGAUAUUUAUGGCAGGCAGCCAGCCUAGGGCAUUCCUUUACCUUUGUAGGGCCAUAGAAUCGUAAUUAUAGGGACCAUGCAUUGAUUUCUAUUUGUUUUUAAGAUACCAAAAGUCAGUGUUUGUGUGUGUGUGCGUGUGUGUGAUUUAGGGUUUGUAUGUCUGCAGCUCUUGAGCCUUUGAAUAACUAUGGAACGGGUUCUCUACUGCAACAAGCUAAGUGUGCUCAUCUGUCUGGUGUAGUUUAGUGUGUGUGUGUGUUUGGUGUGUGUGAGGUGUUUUCCAACAGAAAAUACUGUUAAUGGGGAAAGCGAGACGUUUCAGAUGCAUCUGUAUAUUCACUCAUGAGCACAUUUGCAGUCACUCCGGUAAGAAUGCACAUGAUCUAGAGCAGGGGUCACCAACCCUGUUCCUGGAGAGCUACCUUCCUGCAGAAUACGCUUAUUUCACGCGGCCGCCAUGUUAAAGAACCAAAGCGAGGCUGCGGUGGAAAAAAACCCGGAAGUGUAGGAUGAGCACUGUAAACAUUGCAGUAACAUGCUGUGUACUACAAACCUCCAGCUGUUGCCGAGAUUUUAAAAUGCAGAAAAUGGUGUAACCAUCACUUUAAUAUUAUUUAGUAAGUUUAUUUUAAACAAU